AUGACAGAACAGACAGUUCCAGCUAAAUUAAGCCUACCAAAAAUUAGAAUUAUCGAUCAAAAUUCAAACUCUAUUGAUUUAAGUUCACCAACAGAUAGUUCUCCUACAGACACCUCCCCUACUGACUCUUUAAAUAUUAAAGAUGACGUUCAUCUUAUUUUAAACCAUAAACGUCAUAAACAUCACCACCAUCAUCAUCAUCGAAACCAUCGCAAUGCUGAUAAUAACGACACUAUUAUAUUUGAUGAAAACGUAUUCUCUGAUUCAGAUGAUCCACUGAGUGAAAGUAACACUACUCAGGAGCAGAUACCAAAUAUUAAUUAUACUUAUGAUACAAAUUAUUUUAAACCUGCUGAUCCAAUAAAAGAAGAUGUCGGUGCUUCGAAUACUGGGAAAUUCAGUGAUACUAUGUUUAAAGAAACAAAUCGUAGACGUAGUACAAGGAGGAAAAGUUCUAUAUCCUCGAGAAGACCAACUAUUACAUCCACAACUGCUGCCACUGUUGCUGCUGCUGCUGCAUCGACAUCAAAACCAAAUGAAAACAUACUCACAAAAGACUUGAAUCCUGAGGAUAAUACUAUGUUGAAGAAAUUGGCAAAUUUAGAAGAUAAUCGUAAUAUCCAUGGUAUUGAGGCAAAAGAUUUUGGAAACUCGAUGAAUUUCAAUAAAAAAUCAUUGGUUACCCAAUUCUUAAAAUCGUUUAAUACCAGUCAGAAGCCUUUACCAACACAAGAAUCAAGCAAAUGCUUUUUAAAUCUAGUUAAAAGAAGUUCAGCUGUUUCAUCUCACAGUCAUAUCGCCCCAGUAUCAUCUUUACAUUCAGACUAUGCUGACGCUGAAAUAUUAGACAUUAUAAAUUCAAAAAAUUAUCGUAGUGCUGAUAAAGAUGAAACAUUAACCCAGUUAAUGGUGGAGGAUUUAGAAUUAGAUAGGUCAAAAUCUCAGGAUUCAACUAUAUCAAGAAGGUCAGAUUUAUCUCGUGAAGAUUCGUAUCUUUCUCAUGCUUCAUCUAGGACGUCAAUUAUGUCAUCUGAUAAUGAAAGUGGUCUAUAUUUAAUGGCAUCAAGAAAAUUAGGUAAACAAGGUUCGACUACCUCCAAUUACGAUGCUACUUCUGCUAUCGAGAGAUAUACAAACUCGGUAAGAAGGAAAAGAUCGAAUACCAUGGACCAAAAUUAUUGUGAACACCGUUUUAAUUUAUACCUGAACGAGUUGGAUUAUUUCAAUGAUCAUAUUGCUUCAGUACUACACGACGUCGAACAUUUUUUAAAGAACAUAUUUAAGAACUGUCUUUUAACUUGUGAAGCUGACAUAGAAGAAAGUACUGCUGACUUUGAUUUCUUAAAUAAUAGUAUUAUCGAGUUCAAAAAACAAUUGGAAGUACUUAGAGAAGUAACAGAAAAGGAUUAUAAUGAUCAAUUAAAUUGUACCUUAGACUCUAGCCAUUUGUCGACAAUAAUAUUAAAAAUAAGAGACAGUAUCCAAACGGAUUUAAAACAAUUAGAAUUAUUAGAAAUAAAAUUAAAAGAUUAUUCACAACAGUCAACAAAACAGAGAGAAAGACUACGUAAAAUGGAACAAAUUCAAAAAAUACAAGCAUCAUUUAUAGAAGAACAAAAGCAAAGAAACUUUUAUUACAAGUAUUCUUAUGCUUUAUAUGAUUUCACUUUUAUUACUGCUAUCGUGAUAGUAGCCGCAUUUUUAUAUUGUUUAUUAUGCAAAUAA